AUGUGUACCGGGCUGCAGUGUACCAACAUUGUGUCUGAUACGCAGAACGACACAAGAAACGCCACAGCCCGGCACGAUGUAGACCCUCUCCAGACAACUCUCCUGGGCAAACUCCUGCAGCUGUUCUGGCUGGUGCCGUCCUUGGUGCUGAUUCUCAGCCUGAACUGUCUCUUCCUCGUCGCCAUCCUGCGGACCAAGAAGCUAUGGCGGCCGCGAUUCGUCCUUCCCGCCAGUCUCUGCGUCCUGGACAUCGUCCAAGGUAGCCUCUUCAUCCCCAGCUCGGUGGUGAACAUCGUUAUGGGAGGGAACAACAACCCGGCUUGGUUCUGUUGGAUCCAGGCUAGCUACCUCUACGUUGGCGCCAUCGAGCUGUUUCCAACCAACUGUACCAAGCUGCAGGGCCCCACUAACGACAUGCAGAACGAUACAAGAAACGCCACAGUCCGGCACGAUGUAGACCCUCUCCACACAACUCUCCUGGGCAAACUCCUGCAGCUGUUCUGGCUGGUGCCGUCCUUGGUGCUGAUUCUCAGCCUGAACUGUCUCUUCCUCGUCGCCAUCCUGCGGACCAAGAAGCUGUGGCGGCCGCGAUUCGUCCUUCCCGCCAGUCUCUGCGUCCUGGACAUCGUCCAAGGCAGCCUCUUCAUCCCCAGCUCGGUGGUGAACAUCGUUAUAGGAGGGAACAACAACACGGCUUGGUUCUGCUGGACCCAGGCUGGCUACUUCUACGUGGGCGCUUGCUGCACUUUGUCUACUCUAACACUGAUGGCGUGGGACCGCUAUCAAGCUGUCUGCAACGCACUUCACUAUCAGGAGAAGUUAGAUCUGCCACGUCUUUUGACAAAGAUCGCCGCUGCCUGGACAUGUUCCCUUGCACUGAGUUUAGGCUACAUCAUCAGCAUGUACCGUAAGACAGACGAUUGUAAAAUUGAUGCCCCGUUUUGUACGUUGCCGGAGUUAAGCAACCAUGGGCACUCCGAAAAACGUUUCUUCAUCAUCUGGGUCGUGUGCGAGUUGAUCUGCAUCGCAGUGAUAUGCCUUUCGUACGGCAAAGUGUAUCUAGAGACGAAAGGGUAUCAGAGGCGGCAACGGCAGUUCGUAUCACACAGGCGGUCCGAUAGCAGUCAGAGAAACAAGCGAACAGAACGAACAAUUUCGGCGCAAGUUACAAUCCUCUUCGUGUUCCUGAUUAUUAGAUACAUCCAGAUCGGCAUCUCUCUCUUGGUUACAUCAGAGGACAAAAGAAUUUCGGUACUUAUCGUCAAACGCACAGUACAGUUCCUGUAUCUGACCGUGCCUUGCUUCAGCAACCCUGUCAUCUAUGGACUCAGUAGUAAGGAACUACAAACAGCCGUGAGAAACGUGUGCUGUGGGAAGCCGGCGAACGACGGAAGUCCUUUGACAAGGAGACGAAACGUUGUUAAAAUGUCUCGCUCAAGGAGCGUGCAACAAGACUCUGAGAGGCCCGUUCAUACUCGUGACAUCCGAUCACCAUCGUUCAUACGAUCAUCGACAUUUAGUAGAGAAACUUGUGACAGUCUGACACAGGAUGAAGACGUUUCGUGCAACAGAGAAGGAAGGCCGUUUCAGGGAGAAGACAACGCAGGGUUUGGAGAAACUACUUCGUCUUUUUAAUGCAAUUUUUUCCAAGGGUAGGAUUGUAGGCGCAGAGUUGAAAACAUGGCCGAGGGGCUAUCACCAAGGCCAUCCCACCAAAAGUCUCCG